AUGGCUCUGGCCCUCACCGGCGAGUUGGUCCCUGGAGACGGCAGAGAUGCGAUCGGGAUGAGCCCCGCCAACUUCACUGCCUACUACCAGCCUUUCCUCCCUCCCACCCAGUACUUCGAGACGGCGCCCGACUUCUUCCAGUCCCUGAAGCCCUUGGGCGGACUGGUUCCCGCCUCCCCGCCUCUGCCCCCCUUCAGCUUCAGCAGCGUCCCCGCUUUCUUCAGCCAGUCGCCCUCGCUGCCCGCCGAGCACUUCCCCAUCCUCCCGCUGCCCCUCUACAGCAAGCCGCCGACUCCCUGUCCGCCCCGUGAGCGCUCGGGCUCGCCCCGCGGGAGGGGAGCCCUGGGUUCACUCCCGCAGCCCUGCCCGAGCUCCCCGCGCAGGGCUGGCCGCAGCCCGGGUCCCGGCGGGCCGGCGGAGCAGAGCUACAGGUACCACUUCACCGAGGAGGAGCUGAACGCGGUGCUGUACGGGGCGCUCCGGAGCAACCAGCCGGCCGGGAACCUCCACGCCAUGUCGGGGCUGCGAGUGCCCUCCGCCAGCCCGGGUAAGGGGGGCUCCGGCGUCUCCGCAGGGGGCUCCGGGUCGCGCCUUGCGGGUGGGUCCCUGCUUGCACCUGUACUUCCGCAUACGGGCUGAAGAAGAGGUCCCCUCCUCUGCAGGUGUUGCGGACUCCUCCUCCGCUCCGCUGCCCGACCAGGACGCGCUGCAGCUGCCCGAAGGUAGGGGCCCGGCGCUGCCCGCGCCUCCCGCCGCGUCCCGCCGCGGCCGAGCCUCCCUCAGCCCGCCCUGUCCCCCGCAGGGCUCUCGGUGAUGCAGGUGGCGUACGGGGACGUGUCUCAGCUCGGAGUCUUCUGCACGGACCCCAUCCCCAAAGGAGUCCGCUUCGGCCCUUUCCAAGGCAAAGUGGUCAACACCAGCGAGAUCAAGACUUACGACGACAACUCGCUGAUGUGGGAGAUAUUUGAAUUCGGACGCCUGAGCCACUUCAUAGAUGGGAAAGGGGCCUCUGGCAACUGGAUGUCCCUGGUGAACUGUGCCAGGUUUCCCGAAGAACAGAAUUUGACGGCUAUUCAGUGCCAGGGGCAAAUCUUCUAUGAGACCUGCAAGGAAAUCUUGCCGAAGCAGGAGCUGUUGGUGUGGUACGGCGAUUGCUACGUGCAGUUCCUGGGCAUCCCCAUCAGCCUAAAGGGCGUGCCGGAGGGGAAGAGACCCCCGCAGGACCCCGAAGAAGCCGGGGAGAGCUUUAAGUGCGAGCGCUGCGGCAAGGUUUUUGCCUACAAGUACUACCGGGACAAGCACCUCAAGUACACCCGCUGUGUGGAUCAGGGGGACCGCAAAUUUCCUUGUCACCUUUGUAACCGAUCUUUUGAAAAAAGAGACAGGCUGAGGAUCCAUGUUCUCCACGUUCACGAAAAGCACAGACCUCACAAGUGCUCAGUGUGUGGGAAGAGCUUUUCUCAGUCCUCCAGCCUGAACAAACACAUGAGGGUUCACUCCGGGGAGCGCCCUUACAAAUGUGUCUACUGCAACAAGGCAUUCACUGCAUCCAGCAUCCUGCGCACUCACAUCCGGCAGCACUCAGGGGAGAAGCCCUUCAAGUGCAAGCACUGCGGCAAAGCCUUCGCCUCACACGCCGCCCACAACAGCCAUGUGCGCCGCACGCAUGCCAAGGAGAAGGGCUGCACCUGCUCCCUCUGUGGCCAGCACUUCCCUGGGAAGGAUGAUUACCGCUUCCAUAUGAAGACUCACACUGCUCAUUAG